CCCUGUACCUGUAUGUUCUCCUGUAAAUGCGUGCGCCACCGACUUCAUGACUCCCUCGCUGUCCCCUCGCGUCUUCUCACGGAAGGAGGUGGCCCAACAUUGCACGAAGGACUCGUGUUGGGUACUUUUAGGGACCCGUGUCUACGAUGUUUCGGGAUUUCUUCGACUGCAUCCGGGCGGGGAGACUCUGAUUUUAAGCCGCUCGGGAACAGACAUCGCUGGAGCGUUGGACGGACCGCCGCACCGGCACUCCGAGAACGCCCGGCGUUGGAUGGAACAAUAUUACAUUGGUGAAGUGGACAGAAAUAGCGCAACAACAACACAGACACUGAGGAAGAGGAGGAAGGCCUCAGAACACACAGAGGAGGAAGAACAGAUGCCGGCCACCCGCUGCAGCAAAGUGGAUCUCCAGACGGACCUGGUGGACUGGCAGAAGCCCCUGGCGUGGCAGGUGGGGCACCUGGGGGAGAAGUACGAUACCUGGGUCCACCAACCUGUGGACCGACCCAUUCGCUUCUUCCAGUCCGAACUGAUGGAGGCCACUACCAAGACAUCCUGGUAUAUGGUGCCUUUAGUCUGGAUGCCUCUGGUGUUGUAUCUCAGCUGGUACUGCUACACCACCCUGGCACAGGAAAAGACCAGGCUAUUCCUCACCAAAGAAUACUCCAUCAUAGUCCACUGGUACUGCUUCCCCUUCCUCUUCCUGCUGGGCAUGUUCAUGUGGACCUUCAUCGAGUACUGCAUCCACCGCUUCCUAUUCCACAUGCGCCCGCCAGCCCACAACUAUUACCUCAUCACCCUGCACUUCCUGCUGCAUGGCCAGCAUCACAAGUCCCCGUUUGACGGGGCCCGGCUGGUCUUCCCUCCCGGGCUGGCCUCCCCCGUCAUCGGGGGAUUCUACCUCCUGUUCAGCCAGAUCUUCCCAGCGGGGGUGAGCCAGUCCCUGUUUGUGGGGGGGCUGUGUGGCUACGUGGUUUACGACUUGAUCCACUACUACCUGCACUACGGCUCACCCAAGCAAGGCUCCUACAUGCACAAGCUCAAGGCCUACCACGUCAAGCACCACUUCGAACACCAGAGAGCUGGUUUUGGCAUUACCACCACGUUGUGGGACCACCCUUUCAACACUGCGAUCCCGGACGAGCCCACAGAGAGGGCCGACUGAUAUGAGGGGCCUCUCCGACUGAUAGGAGGGGACUCAGCACUCCCCUCUCCCUUCACACUUCCACUUCCUGUGUUAAACCCCAGUAAUGAGAGAGAAUUUCCCCUUUCCAGCACAGGAUCUGACACACUGAUAUUUAUUUAUUUGAUUUAUUGAGGUUUAUUAAAUCUAAAGAGAAGAGAGAGAUUAAUAUUUGUCAAUGUGUGUCUCUGAGAGACUCAUGGGGGUGCUCCACUAACAGUCAGUGUAAUACCAACAAGUGGAUGAGUACUAGGUCCUUGGCUCCUGUUCUAUGCUCAACAGGAUCAUCUGCAAAACUUGCUCAACUUCCUAGGGUUUUUUUUAUAUAUGAGGGCACAUAUCUAUGCCUAUAAACUUGGUAUUAACCUAAUGUGGAACCAAAACAUUCUAGUUGUUUGCAGGUAGUGAAGUAGCUCCAAGCUUCAGUAUCUGCAAACAGGUAAAAUGAUGGCCUGCCUGAUCUGGCUGAAACCAGCAUCACCGCCUACUCCACCCUGCAUCAACACCCCCUAGCCUCUGAUUGGACCAAGUCAUACAGCUAUUCCUGAAGAGUUUGUUAGGGAAAUACAAUACCCUGUACAAGAAAGACAUCAGCUUUAUUAAGGGGGAAUUGGAUUGUUGGAUGUGUUCUUUACCCAGAAAUAUUCUUCUACUUUUCCAAGUCUGUUUCCUACUAUAUGUUUCAUAAACUUUUGAUAUUGAAAUAUCAGU